ACAAGUGAUCAAACAAAACCAAACAUCUAAGCUCAAGUUACUUUCUGUAUUAUAUUGAUUCAAUGGCAUCACAGCAGAGCUACCGGGAGGUGGAUGAAAUCAUUGUGUCUCAAAAAACCACCAUAGUUACCAGCCACAAGGUUGAAAAUGAGCAGCACCACUCUUUGAAAGACAAGGCGAAAGAGGUGGCAGGGAGAGUGUUUCACCACAAUCACCAGACACAUGAAUCUGCUGCAUGCAUUGAUUCAAACGCAACAUGUGAGAAGAAAGAGGGUUUGGUGGGCAGGGUGAAAAGCCAGCUGAAGAACUUAGGGAAGAAAAAGCGCAAGGAAGGAAGCUGCGAGUGUGGCAGUGACAGCAGCAGUGAUGAGAGCGGUUGCGAAUAAGCAGAUAACGAGGUUCUUAUGGAUGUUGCUCCGUGAUUCCCGCACUUCGCUAAAUUCUUAAGUAACAAAUAUAAUGUGUGUGUCAGUAUGUGUGGUAUCUUUUGCAGAAUAAAUGGCGAUUUUUCUAUGUAUCUAAUAAAAGCAUGUAAAUGCCAGCUGAAAGUAGUCUGAAACAGCUACAAGUUUUUAUGUCAUUGUUGAUACCUUGAGCAGUUGAGCCCCAUACCAUAUAGGUAUUUUCUUAUAGCAACGCAUGCCUUCAGCUUCCAAGUAUUAGAUAGAAUAUACUACAGAUUUGAACAUCGAUCCCAAUCUAGACUGAGUAUUUGUUGUAAGUUAUAUCCUACAACCGGAUGUACCUUGAGCAUGGUGCAACCGCUUCCAAGUAUUAAAUAGAAUAUAAUACAUAAUCCAACAUCAUAUUUUAACACCGAUCCCAAUUUAGAUUGAUUAUUU